AUGGGUAUAUUUUUGCUUAUUAUUAUUCCAUUAAUUUUUUAUUAUGGUAUAACCUUUAAAUUUUAUGAUUUUGCAUUCAAUGUAGAAAUCGUUAUUCUAGAAUUUAUCGACAAGAGACCGUUUAAGGAAACCGAAUACAUGAAAAAGGAAGAAAUUUUACAAGAUAUCUUGUAUAAUGUUAACAACCAAGUGUAUCGUAGAAAGGGAAUUAAUUACGGAUACACUAGUACAAGGACCUUGCUUCUGGGAUAUCAAUCUUAUGUUUCACAAUUUGAAGACAAAUAUUUAAAACAUUACAAAGAUACACCUGUGGAAGAAAUUCAAGGCUGGGAUAAAAUUAUGUUAUUAGCUAAAAACAUUCAAGAUGAAGAUAUAAAUUCUGCUUAUAAAAGCGUGAUCUCUUCAGAAUUGAUUGAUGAAUAUAGUACAAAAAAGCCAAUGAUUCGGUCUAAAUCCUAUGAUAAGCUGCUAGAUGAGCACAUUAAGAAAAGUAACUGA